UCCACCCCAGCUUAAUAGCUGGGCGCCACAGAAACGUUCUCGCACAGAAAUAUUUACCUCAACGGUCCAAUCACCGUCCAGAGAUAAUCCUCCCGAGCCGAGUGCAAGACGCUCAUUGGUCUGACAGUCCAUCUCUGCGAAAGAUGUUUAGAUAGUCGUCUAAACACUAACAACGGAUUCUUCGUAGUAACAUAUUUUGCGCGCUCUCGCCUCUCUCCCUAAUACCGAAUACUUUAGUCUAAGAUCGACCAAGGCCUUGAGAUCUACUAGUCUCGGACUAGACUGCUUCGGAAGAACACAGAAAGCCUCAAGGUAAGGAGACACAUUUCCCGUUCUGCAACUGAAGUGACGGUUUAUCGGCCUUUCCUUUCCCUGUUCACUGUCCGAAACGAAACAAGGUGAGAUCUGCGACAACCAUGGCGGGCCCAGUUGCAUCUGGAGUGUUGACAUUCUUUGAAUCAGGUUCCAAGAAGCAGGCAAUCGCUUCUGCCAUUGCAGCAGGGGGCUCUGGCAGUCUACUCCUCUUGGGCCUCAAUAGUGAAGGAAUGGGAAGGCGAAAUCACAUGAUGAUUGAAAACGGGGCUGGUCACAUGAUCAAGUUGCAAAAGGUUUACCUGCACUGGGGGAAGAUGAAGCAACCACCGACCUCAGUCAUUCAGCAUCAGCAUCAGGACGAGUGUCUCUUCCACGCUGCUGGGGGCUGGGCCAUAAGCGGAUCCAGUGGCAUUGUCACUUAUCAGCUGGACGAUGACACAUAUCUCCACAUCAUGUGGGACUGUCCCAUCAGCUUCGACUUUUCUGACAACUUUGUCGGUCUCUACUUAUGUGGUAAGGAGGAGAGGGAACCAGUUGCUUCUUUAUUCAAGACGAUGUACCAGGAUAUUCCAAAUCCAAAAAUGAUGCCGGAGAAAGGCUCCUGUUAUGACCUCGUUUGCUGUGGUCCUGGAGACGGAACAUAUUUAGGAGACGCAGGGGAAACACGCACAAAAACAUGGGGCGUUCGCCGACCCUGUGAGGUUAGGAACGAAAAGUUCUAUGUCACAAUGACUAUGGGAGAUCGACAUGAAACAUCCAGUAAAGUUACGAUCUUAGGCAAAGAAUUCUGGCCCAAGUUUUAAUGACAAAAAAAUCUACAAUUGUUAACAUUUCUUUGCCUGACACUGCUUGUCAUUGACUCGUGAGGUUUGCUUGUGUGUUUGUGCUGAGCAUCAUGCUGGAGCUAUGCGUAAAAAGGUAUCAAAUUUUGUAUUGUACUUUGUAUUCUUACUUAACGGUGAUGGCAAAUCACCUGGCGUUGCAACAAAAUUGUCAACACAAAACCCAAGCACUAGCAGUUUUCUACAAACAGUCUCGUCCUCGUCAUCCUUUCUGAAAACUGAAUCCCAUCACUCGAUGAUCCUUCUCGUGUCUGUCAUAAGAUUCUGAUUUGGCUCUACUGUUUCCUUGGUAUUCAGGGGAGUUAGUGGACCUCAUGUUCACCAUUUUACUGUUAAACUUUGAACAAGGGAAGGAAAUGUCACCUUUUACCACACGGUGAUCUGGCCCUGCCCUUCCACAACACCCCCCCCCCCUUUCCUCUCUCUCUCUUUCUCUCUCUUAUAAUUACUCCCUGACUACUGAAGAGCUCCUCUCUCUCUCUCUCUCUCUCUCUCUCUCUCUUUUAUAAUUACUCCCUGACUACUGAAGAGCUCCUCUCUCUCUCUCUCUCUCUCUUUUAUAAUUACUCCCUGACUACUGAAGAGCACCUCUCUCUCUCUCUCUCUCUCAUAAUUACUCACUGACUAGUGAAGAGCUCCUCCCCCCUCUCUCUCUCUAAGGUUAGAAAUAAUACAGCUCAUACAUUAGCAUAACAGAGAUAUCAAAUGGAAAAGUGUCGAUAUUAAUCUGCAUAGCAUGGGAAUAAACAGUCUAAAAAGUUCGUGUAUUUCCUUGUCUAUUUAUUCUCAUUUACCCUUCAUCGCGAUUUCCUUUAAAUAUAGCUAAACAACCUAAUGCAAGCACGGAGACCUAAUUUAGGGUUGAUGUCAAAAAGUUCCACUCCCUCAUAUCUUCACAGCACUUAAUGCGAAGGUAAUAUAUAACAGGAAAUAAUUCUCUGAGGCACAAUUUUACUUCGGCACAUGUAUGACUACAUUACAUAAUAUACAGGGUGUCUAUAAAGUCCAAGUACCAUUCUGAGCAAUAAAUACUUGCAAUGUCACUGGGACGUUAGGGACACCCUGUACUCGAAUAUGAAUUGUAUUUGCUCACAGCUGUGGUACUGUCAGGUAAUAGUAGCGCCAUCUAUUGAGUGGUUUUGUCGGGUAAUCUCAGCGCCAUCUAUUGUCUGGUGAUGGUGAGUUGGAGUUCAUUUAUUUUUCUUAACUAUCCUUGUUGGGUUUCCGUAAGUGACAUCAAUUUUCGCCCUCAUUUAUCUGUUAUUGCCGCCUGUCACCCACCACUACACAGGAAGGUAUUUAUAUUUUUCAUAAAUAUAAGUAAACAGUGCUUAAUGUUAGUUAAACCUUAGGUUAUAGAAUGGUUAAAAAUAACUGUUGUGAAGUGAUUUUGUUUAGGGACAUUUUAGUGAGUAGUUCACCUAUUAUUGAUGGGUUAAAAUGUUGACAACAAUACAGUUUGAUUUUAUGUAUUUUUCCAGGCUCCUACCCUUACAUAUAUAUAAUGAUUUCGUAUCUGCGGUUACUUUUGGCCUAGCCGCAUAACUCAGGGUAAUUAACAACAUUGACUUGUCCACCCAUUUUUUUAUGUACUUUCGAAGCUUGUGCUAACCAUCGCUUCAGAUCUUCAACAAGAAGUCGUCAUAUUUAUGUUAUCUCAUAGAUCUAAUGUUGACCAGUUAUGUAUGUAAAUUUAUUUACUUCAAACUUCCUAGAUUUAUUUGGCUAUAACUUAAUUUUGAAAUAUAUAUCUUGUACAUUUAUUCUA